AUGAGAGAAGGAGCUUCUAGCCCCUAUACAGAUGCAAAAGACAUUCUCAACCACCUGAAGACAAUCUAUGAGGACCCUAACCAGAUUACAACAGCCAAGAAUCAGUUCCACCAGCUGUAUAUGAAGAAUGUUGAUAAGUUCUAUGACUUUCUUUCUGAAUUCCUCUACCUUGCAGCUGAAGUGGAAGUCCUUGAGGACAGCUGGAAAGAUGAAUUGUACCAUCAGAUCACAACAGAGCUGCAGAAGCUGACCAUGACUGAGAAGCUCAAAGGAGGAUCAUUCCAGGAGUUUUCAAACCUCUGCUCCCAGAUUGCAGGUCACCUGGAAGCUAUCAAUCAUCAAGCUCAAAGGAGCUGUACUUUCGCCCCUACCAAGACCAGUCAGACCACCCAAGUCAAGAAGGAAACCACCCCUGGUACUCCACAAUCUAAUGGCGCCCCCAUGACUGAAGACCUGCAAGAAUGUUUAAUGAAGGAAGGAUAG